GUCUUACAGGACUUUCAGUGUGCCGGUAGUAUAAUACAUAUGUCAAGUCUGAGUGUGUAAUGAGGAAAUGUUCAGUCAUCUUCAUCUUUCAUUGUAGGACACUGUUUUUCUUAGAAAAGGAAUGAAGCCAGACAGCCCAGCAGCUGGAACACCACCUGCAUUUCUUUAAGCUGGGUGCCUAACCUGCCUGCAUUGAUAGGCCUCUGACUCCACAGUGGAGCUGGGCACGUGUUGAUGGGAACUCUCAGUCUGUAUUUUGGUAUUGUGGAAGACAAGGUCUGUGGUCAAGUGCCUUCACCAACAGAGAUUGUAGUAACAUCUGAAAAUUUCAGAACAGUUUUGCAUUGGCAAUACCCACCUGUGCCUGAAACUCCUCGUUUUAUCGUGGAAAUCAAGCCUUACAAUCCAGGUGAAUAUAAGAACGUCUCAACCUGUGUGAACACUUCAGCUCAUUUUUGUGAUGUCUCAGAGGAAAUAUGUGACCCUUAUAUAUCUUACUGGUUUCAAGUUAAAGCUGUUGUUGGGUCACAACAGUCUGAAUAUGUUGAGGCAAAUGAGUUUAUUUUGCAAAGGCAUGGAAAAAUAGGACCACCAAAACUGAAUCUCUCAAGACAUGGUGAUAAAAUCCUGGUAGAUAUUUACCAUCCUCUAUUCCCUCUUUCUUGUAUUGAAGACAUUUAUUCAAAGCUUCAGUACUUGGUGAAUGUUCGAGAUAGUAAAAAUGAGACUGAAGAACUCUAUGAGGACAACUGUACAAUGCAUAAGUGUAGCCUCAAAAUCCCAGUUCCUACUGAGAGUUCCACUUACUGUGUUUCAGCAAAAGGAAUUUUUGAAGAUCUGAUGGUUGGCACUCCAUCAGACGAAAGUUGCACUUCUGUUCUUUUCAACCAGGCAUUGAGUACACAUCUUAUCAUCAUUCUGUGUGUUGUUAUUGGGAUCUUGACUGUAAUACCGACAGUAUAUUGUGGCUGCAAGAAACUAAGGAAAAAUAACAUACAGCUGCCUAAGUCUUUGGUCAAUGUGAUGAGAAACCUGAACACAGGUGCCUUACUGGUACCAAAAUCAGAGGGGAAGUAUUUUUGCGUACCCUCAGGCCACUCGGAGUUGCCAGUGAAUGGUGAAGUAACCUUGCUGGAGAUAGAGCCAGAAGAACAAACUGUUAGUCCUGUGAAUUCCUGUGAUGGCGAAUCUUCUGUCCCUUCCCCAGAGGUGGCACCAGCCAAAGCAGAGGAGGUGCCUGUGCAGGAAAGCACAGAGGAGGUCUCUGUUGAUGCUGAUGAACAAAAUUGCAAAGUAAAAGAGAGUUAUUUCAUUUCUGAAGGUAGCCAAAUGGAUAUAUGCAGUACAUCUUCAGGGUCAGAGAUUUCUACCGUAGAAACACAGCGAACAGUCAUUCCAAGCACCUGCUUCAAGUUUUCUGGCUAUGACAAGCCUCAUGUUCCAUUAGAUGUGUUGAUGAUAGAUGUUGGUGAAGAACAGCCUGUGAAUGCUUACAGGCCAACUGAGUAGCCAGGAUAACUGAAGUGCUUAACCACAACUCAGAGCAGCAUUACUAAAGUCCAGGUUAAAUUGUGAACAUCUACAAGUUGUACUUGUUCUGAUCAGUACACAAUUGAAAAUAGUACCUGAAAAUGGCAUAAAAAGUGUGGGGAAACUUCAUAAUAACCACUUUUUGAAAUAAUGAGUUAUAUCAUAUAUAAAAUUAUUUCCUGUUUGAAAUAGUGCCAUGUUUUUUAACAAUACUCUAUAGAAAACAUACCAUCCACUAUAAAGCAGCAGCUGUACCAUUAUUCACUUCUGCUUCAAAUCCUGUUCUAAAUUAGUUUUAUGUACAUAGUGCUUAAGAAAUCCUUCAGUUGAUUAUGAUUGAUGUGCAAGAAAUGUUUGAGAGUUUUUGCCGUUAUUGGAAGUAUCCUCUUACUUACCUUUUCUUUUGAAAACUGUUUUUAUAUUAAAUUAAAUGUUGCCAUUUCUUUUAAGUAAGACUGCCUAUAAGCUCUUCCUGUAUAUCUGAGGAAUUUCAUUCCAUGUCUAAGAAGUAAGAAGUAAUGGCCAUAAACUAAGAACACAAGAAGUUCACCUCAGCAUGAGGAAGAACUUCUUUGCCUUGAGGGUGGAUGGCAGAGCACUGGAAGAGGCUGCCUAAG